CGUGGCUGCACAUUCACUGGCCGUGUGUGUUGGUGUCUAUGUGUUUGUAGUUUGUCCAUUCCUUUUUUCUACUGCUGCUGCUGUUUCUCCCUGCACUCAAACCGUCCUCUUCUGUCGGAUAUACCCCCUUUUCUUCUACUUCGAAGCUGUUUUUGGGAGUUUAUUCAUUUCGAGGAAAGGUUGAAGAGGAGAUAAAAAGAAAGCAAAGAAGAAAGAGACAAACCUGGAGGUGGAGAAGAAGGGCGUUCAUACUUCGAAGUAACCAUGGAAGUUCCUGGUAUGCAGAGCACUCAGAUCGAUCCGGAUGAGUUGUUCACCAAACUGGAUCGUAUUGGAAAAGGAUCUUUUGGAGAGGUGUUUAAAGGCAUCGAUAAUCGCACUCAGAAAGUCGUUGCCAUCAAAACGAUCGACCUGGAGGAGGCCGAGGAUGAAAUCGAGGACAUCCAGCAGGAGAUCACGGUGCUCAGUCAGUGUGACAGCCCCUACAUCACCAAAUACUAUGGCUCCUACCUGAAGGGCAGUAAACUAUGGAUCAUCAUGGAGUAUCUCGGUGGAGGUUCAGCGCUCGACUUGCUGAGGGCGGGUCCUUUCGAUGAAGCUCAGAUUGCCACCAUGCUGAAGGAGAUCUUGAAGGGGCUCGACUACCUGCACUCAGAGAAGAAGAUCCACAGAGACAUUAAAGCUGCCAACGUCCUGCUGUCGGAGCAAGGCCAGGUGAAGCUCGCAGACUUCGGGGUUGCCGGUCAGUUAACGGACACACAGAUCAAAAGGGAAACCUUCGUGGGAACGCCGUUCUGGAUGGCUCCGGAGGUCAUCCAACAGUCCGCCUACGACUCAAAGGCUGAUAUUUGGUCUCUGGGCAUCACGGCCAUCGAGCUUGCCAAAGGAGAACCUCCAAACUCAGAACUACACCCGAUGCGAGUGCUGUUCCACAUCCCCAAAAAUCCCCCUCCAACGCUGACUGGAGAUUUCUCCAAGAGCUUCAAAGAGUUCACCGAGGCCUGCCUCAACAAGCAGCCCUCUCAUCGUCCCACGGCCAAGGAGCUCCUCAAACACAAGUUCAUCGUCAAACACUGUAAGAAGACGUCCUACCUCAGCGAGCUGAUCGACAGGUACAGGAGGUGGAAGAUGGAGGGGCACAGCGACAGCAGCUCUGACGACUCAGAUAGUGAGUCCAAUAAUAAAGAGAACAGCGAGUCACCAGAGUGGUCCUUCACCACCGUACGUAAGAAGAAGACAGAGGGCAGGAAGGUCCUGAACGGGACGGGUCAGGAUCAGCUGAGUAGAUCUACCAGUCUGACCACAGUCAUCUCUCCAGUUUUCACUGAGUUAAAGCAGCAGCACAAGGAGCACUCUGAGCAGCGACUGGCCAUCGAGGAGCUGGAACGCAACAUCCGAUUGGCUGAAGAAGUCUGUCCGGGCAUCACGGACAGGAUGGUGUCAAACAUCAUUGCCAGGUACCAGAAAUUCACGAGCAACUGAAGGAUUAAAAAACAGAGUACGUUAUGAAGAGAGACUGUGUCUCCGUACGGUGACGCUGCUGGACGAUCGUUAACGGAGGAGAUUUGCUGUGCGAUUUCUCCUCACUGUACACACACAUCACACCCACACACACACUACCAAUGUAAUAUAUACACUAUAUAAUAUAAAUAUGAACUCACUGCUGCUGGUUGAAGCCCUUUUUCUGCCCAGGCUGGAUUCAAAAGUCUCUGCUCCUUUUGUAAGUCUCUAGAAACCUCUUGAAUAUUUGGUCAAAGUUGAAUCUGCUUGAUGAACCAUCAUGUGCCUUAAUAUUUUAUACUGUCAGUCCUUUUCUCAGCAUAGAUGUCUCUUUUUCAGAGGGUUCUCUUCCUUCAGCAGUGGUGUAAGUUUUGCGUCAUGUCUUGCCUUGCCUUUGUAGAUGUCGAUAUGUUUGUUGAGUAGCACUUGAGAUGGAUUACAUGCCAAUAUUACCUGUUUUGUUGUUGUCAGUAAUGCUUUGAAUUACAGCUCCUUGAUCCUGGAAUUUAAUUAAGGUCGAGGCUGCCUUUCAGACCCGAGUAGCUACGUUUUCUCAGUUUUAAAGACCAGAUUCAGUAAUUAGAACUUUGAUUGAACAGUGAUUUACUUUAAAAUGAGCACAAAACCCAAGUAAAAAUAACUUCAUCUGAUUUACUUAUAACCAUUUUUUUUCCUGGAAUUAUUUGGCAUAAUUAUUCUUGUACUACCUAGCUAAAUGUAACCAUUUAAAUCCUCAAGAUAGUUUAAGUAUUUCUAGGUAAGAAGGAGCAAUAUCCUAAAUGUUUAAAGUGCUGCCACUUGAAUAAGAAGUGGAUCAGCAUGCCUGGUAACAAAACCAAUGGUUCACAACUGUUAGCAUAAAAAUUGUUGACUUGGGUGGAAUUGCUAAAAUAUCUCUUCAUAUUGCCUUGUGUCUGGACAAUAAAGUUUCUAGUAUUAGAUUUCUUGGAUGCUGGUACUAGCAGUGAAACAAACUGCAGGUUCAACUGUGCUGCUGGUUAAACGUAGCAUUAGGAAGCAUCAACUUGUUCUUUAAAGUUGGUUCCUUUUUCAAAGCUUGAUGCACAUGGACCUUAUUGGGAGCACAGAUCGUUUUCCAGAAGCAUGAAGGGAGCUGUAAUCAAAACGUAUUACUGAUAGUUUGUACCAAAGACACUAUAAAAAAUUGGUCAUUGUAUAUUUUUGUCUUUUUAUAUAUCAUAAGGGAUGCAAUAAUGCUUGUUGAGGGGGGUUAUGUAAAAUGAAAGAUGUAAGAUUUACAGAAAUGUACUCUUUUUGUAGCGGGGUUUAGAGUUUUAUGAAUAAAUAUUUAAGUUUGAUUGAGAAAUA